AAGGAAAUGGGAUGCGCUUGGAGCGCGAGCCGCUAUGUGUCUGCCGAGGACUGCACACCAAUCUGGCCAGCUGUUAUUUCCCCGGUGGUCCGCUUGUCGGCUCGUCUUUUGCGCGGCGCAAAGUGAUGCUCGCCGUACUUGGCCGAUGCUUGCGGAGCCGCGUCUUUCACACGGUGGGAAUAAUGUCGCCCAUAGGGGCGGUGUAAAUCUGAAAACUGGGUUCAGUUUCUUCUCUUCGGAUUAAAUCUGCAUAUUGGUGUCGGUCACAUUGGCGAAAACUCAGGAAACAUCCAAAAUGGGUUUGUCAUUUGUACGUCAUCCAUGGCUCACAGAGCUUGUUAAGCAUGCAAAGAGCAAGAGCACGAGAAGCCGAUCAGUUGUUUACCCAGAGUGGACAGUCACUGGAAAUGACCGAGAGAAAAGCAUGGUGCCUUAGGCUUCUACCAGUUCUCCUCUUCUUCAUGUCCUUUCUCACAUACUACUACUGCUCCUAUGCCAUUCUUCAGAGCUUUACCGGCACCAGCAAGUCUGUCAACAUUAGCAAGUCUCUGUGUGGUGGCUGGCUGAUGCAGAAAAAGUGGCAGAGUCUCAACUUUAACAUUAGCAGGCAGACGCAGCUCUUUCUAAAACUAGGAGAUUUCUUCUGGCGAGAACAUCUGUCAACGUUGCCGCUACCUUAUGGCAUCAAGGGCAAUGAACUGCAGCUCCUGAAAAUUCUCGCAGCAACAGCAAAUGAUCAGAUGCCGGCCAACAUAGAGAACCUUGAAUGCAGAACCUGUGUUGUCAUAGGCAACGGUUUUGCCAUUAAAAACACAUCCCUCGGAGGCAUCAUUAACAAACAUGAUGUGGUCAUCCGAUUGAACGACUCUCCGGUGAGGGGCUAUGAGGACGACGUCGGUAACAAGACCACCAUGAGGUUCUUCUACCCUGAGUCUGCCUCCUAUAAUCCAGGCUUGAACAAUGAGCCUGGCACAUUAAUGGUCUUGGUGCCAUUUAAACAACAAGAUCUACGGUGGCUCAAAGAAAUACUCUACAACGAAAAGAGGGUCAGGAAAGGCUUUUGGAAACCCCCUCCCCAAAUCUGGUUGGGUGAUGUCGGUCAAAUCCGAGUGCUGGACCCGCACUUUUUGCACCAGACAGCAAAGAAGCUGCUACAAAUCCCUCUGAACCCCAAGAGUAAACAGCCAGUUCAUCCCACGACGGGAAUCCUUGCUGUCUUUGUUGCUCUCAACUACUGCGAUGUGGUCCACCUAGCUGGUUUUGGGUAUCCAAACUCAAGGAACAUCAAGCACCCAAUUCAUUACUACGGCUAUGAUACUAUGAAAGCAAUGAAGAACUCUUACCAUGACCUUGGUCUUGAAGCUGAAGCCUUAAAAAGACUGGAGGACUCAGGUGCCAUCCUUUAUCUGCACCCGCAUUUAUGAUACUGUAUGAUAGGUUGCAAAAUCAAUCUAUGCAUGAGGUCAUCUGAUCUCAGUUGAAAUUUCAUAGUGAUUUUACAGAUUAGGAUUAUUGUUAUUGUAUGUUAUUUUUCAAUAACAUCACAAAUACACAAUCACAAAUAAUUCACACGGCACUUGGCCUCCUCUCAUAUUGGAAAUAUGAAAGGUAUCAAAGUUUUUUUUUUUUUAUUUAUUAUUAUUUUUCUUCAAAAGCAAUGCAACUGAUACUGGUACCACUGGAUACUUUGAUUGUACAGAAUGAAAUAAAUGUUUAAAUAAAAAAAUGAACCUUU